UUUAUACUUCUUUUAGUUGUCAGGCAGGAAACAAGAGCAAAAUUUCGAUAAACUCCGGAGAAUUCCAUCUUGGACGAUGGGGGAUCCUCUGCGUCUUUUAGAGCUGUACAGUGGCAUUGGGGGAAUGCAUGCAGCUGUGAGAGAAAGUGGCAUUCCCUUUGAGGUCAUGAGUUCCUUUGAGAUAAAUACUUCUGCCCUUGAGGUGUACAAACACAACUUCCCUGGUGCCAGCAAACCUCGUAAUAUAAUGGGCCUCACCAAAGAGGAGAUGGAGCAGCUGGCGCCCAAUAUUAUAAUGAUGAGUCCUCCGUGCCAGCCGUUCACCAGGCAGGGUCUCAAACGAGAUGUGGAAGAUGCGCGAACAUCGUCCUUCCUGCAUUUCCUCGAUCUGUUGGGAGAGAUUACGUCGCCACCUGAGAUGAUCCUCCUGGAGAAUGUUGCUGGCUUCGAGGUCUCCCAGGCAAGGGCAUGUCUGAUUGGCGUGCUCGAGAAAAGAGGUUAUACGUGGCAGGAAUUCCUGUUGUCUCCCACGGAAGUAGGAGUGCCAAACUCUCGUCUGCGUUAUUACCUUCUGGCCAAAUUGAAACCUUCUACCUUCUGUUUUCCACAGUCACAAGAGGUUUUAAAUCAGCUGCCUUUUUGCCUCUGUUGUAAAGCACAAGAGAGUGUUCCUAGCAGAGAGGGUCUGUGUCAGGAUUGCAACAAGCACAUUUUGCCAUCACUACAAUACUUGUUGCACAAGUUUCACUCGUCACGGAAUGCAGAUUGCCUUCAAACAUCUACCUCCUUCAGAGAUAUAGAACCUUCGCUCUCUCAUUACCUUGAAAAAGAUGGAAACAUAGAGCCAUAUCUACUCAGCACCAAAGUCUUACAGAAAUAUUUUAUGAUCCUAGACAUAGUUACAAGCCAGUCCAAAAGAUCCUGUUGCUUCACCAAAGGCUAUGCUCAUUAUGUUGAGGGAACUGGGUCUAUAGUGCAGCAUAACACUGAUAUUUCAAUGCCAGAGAUUUACGCCGAGGUUCAGAAAUUAUCACCAGAUGACCCUGAACGAGUUAGGUUAUUGCAGAGCCUUCAGUUGAGAUAUUUCACUCCUGAGGAAGUAACGAGAUUAAUGUGUUUUCCAAACUGGUUUAAGUUUCCACCUUCAGUGACCAAGAAACAGAAGUACAAAGUUUUAGGUAACAGUGUUAAUGUAUUGGUUAUUACAUCUCUCUUACUAAUUUUAGUUGAAAGUUGACAAAAAAAAUGUUUCUAAUUCAAUGUUUAUUCUUUGUCAGUGUCUUUUUCUGUCUUGAAGAUGCUGAGUGAGUGGGUGGUUGUUUGAAUGCAUUGAAAUUUUUAUUAAAGAUUCAUUUAUAUAGAA